AUGAAUCUCACGUUUUUACUAUCCCUUGCAGCUCUUGUCAGUGUCACCACAGCCAAAACACCAGGCUGUGGUAAAACAAUACCAUCAAGGUGGCCAUUGGCAGGAUCAAGUGCAUCCCUCAACCUCCCAGGCACAGAUCGACAGUACAGACUAUACAUUCCUGCAAACUAUGACAAAAACACACCAACGCCGGUGUACUUCUCCUUCCAUGGAGCUUCCGGCACCAUGAAAAAGCAAGAAGCCCUAUCUCAAUUCUCCAAUCCACUUUUCAACCCCAAUGGCAUUGCUGUCUACCCAGACAGCAAGAAUGGGUACUGGCUCUCCAAUCCAAACGCCGACACAUCACGCCCAAAUGAUCUGGACUUCACCAAUGACCUGCUCUCUCACAUUGAAGAGAAACUCUGCGUUGACCAAUCCAGAACUUACUCGGCAGGGAAAUCCAAUGGAGGCGGGUUUACAAGCGUCAUUGCUUGUAAUGCAACAGUUGGAAGUCGAUUUGCUGCAUUUGCCUCCGUCAGCGGUGCCUACUAUAACACCGACGACGUGGAUGGAAUUGGUCCUUGUCAGCCUGCUGAGCGAGCGGAGGGAUAUCCGUUCCUGGAAUUCCAUGGCACAACAGACACUACUGCGCCUAUGGAUGGAAAUACCAAGAGCGAUCCCAAACUGCCUGUCAUUGAUAUCUUGCAAGGUUGGGCUGCCCGCAACGGAUGUGGAGGUCAGUCUCAAUGGGCUUCAAAUGAAACCAUAUAUGUGGAUCCGCUGGUAAAGCACGCUUCUUGGAAUUGUGGUGGAAAAGAAGGCAUUGUUCAGCAUCAUCGUGAGGGUGAGAACGGUCAUUGCUGGCCUAGCACUAUUGGCAAUAGUGACUAUGUUAAGCACCCUGACCAAUGUCCGUUGGCUAAAUAUGUUUACAACGCAACGGAGUAUAUCUUUGACUUCUUCGAGAAGUACCAACUGGUCCAGUGA